AUUGAGACACGGCCUAUAUAGUUAAUGCGGUUAAUGAGCAGGUUUGAUGAUAGGGGCUGCGGUGUCUCAUUAAUUGUGCUCCGGCUGGGAUAUGAUGAGUAACUUUGGCGCACGUGGCUCGUGACGGAGCCACGUGCGCGCACAGGGGAGGGGUAUAUACAAACGGCGAUGAAAAACUCCUGAGGGGAUGCUGGGAUAAAGCUGAGAGCAACACUGGAGAGUACUCAGUAUAGUGCAUACAGUGCUGAAUGAAAGCACGGAGAGGGAGCUGCAGCAGGAUCUGGGACUUCUAAAGAGGAAGUCACUUGACAUCUGAUGGGAAUACAUCACUCUACGACACAAAUCCUCCAUGUAAGCUGAGUAGAAAUGCCGACUCCUUGGUGAGGGUCAGAAAAUGAACGCCUCUUCCUGCUGUGAACCUGCACUCAGCAUGUAUCAGCACAGCUCAGGGUUUGACCUCAAUGCCAGCUGUGACUUGCUGACUCCUCACUGUAACCGGACGUCAGUGGACAGCACGCUGCAGCUGCCCACAUUUUCUACGGCAGCCAAAGUCAGAGUGAUCGUUACCUUCAUCUUGUGUGGCAUUUCCACUUUCUGCAAUUUGGCUGUGCUUUGGGCGGCCCACAGCCACAAGCGGAAAUCCCAUGUCCGAGUGCUGAUAAUCAACCUGACUGCGGCCGAUCUCCUGGUUACCUUCAUCGUGAUGCCCGUUGACGCGGUUUGGAACAUCACAGUACAGUGGCUGGCCGGCGACCUGGCGUGCAGAUUACUGAUGUUCCUCAAGCUGCAGGCCAUGUACUCCUGCGCCUUUGUCACAGUGGUGAUAAGUCUUGACAGACAGUUAGCUAUACUCAACCCUCUGGCCAUCAGCAUGGCCUGGAGAAGGAACAGGGUCAUGCUGACCGUGGCUUGGGCUAUGAGCGCCUUGUUCUCGAUCCCCCAGAUUUUUAUUUUCCAUAAUGUGACCAUCACGUAUCCAGCCAACUUUACUCAGUGCACCACUAGGGGGAGCUUUGUCACUCACUGGCAGGAAACAGCCUACAACAUGUUCACCUUCUCCUGCCUCUUCCUGCUGCCGCUGGUCCUAAUGAUUAUCUGCUACACCAGGAUCUUCAUUCAGAUCUCUAGACGGAUGUCAAAAAAGAACUUUUCGCCAAACGAGCCAAAUCUCCGUUGCUCAAAGAACAACAUCCCCAGAGCUAGAAUGAGAACUCUGAAAAUGAGCAUUGUCAUAGUGAUCAGCUUCAUAGUCUGCUGGACUCCGUACUACCUGUUGGGUUUGUGGUACUGGUUUUCCCCCGACGACCUGGAGGGAAAAGUCUCCCACUCCCUCACCCACAUCCUGUUCAUAUUUGGGCUUUUCAACACCUGCCUGGACCCCAUCAUAUACGGCCUUUUCACCAUACGCUUCCGCAAGGGGCUGAGGAGCUGCUACCGCAAAACAACAGUGACGUCAGAUCGGGAAAAUAGCAGGGUGAUAUUGAAAUGUACUGAGCCUGUUUUACCCUCUAAUAGAGGAAUGGCCCCUGUUGACACUGACAGCAACUGUGAACAGACUGAGUCAACGUGACUUUACCCUUUGGUUUGUUGACUAUCGUUAAGCCACGAGUUCUAGAGCCAUCGCCAUAUUGGUUUUGAGAACCAGUGGAGUGCACCAGCUGGGCGUAAAAAAGUAGGUCUUAACUCUAACGUCGGGCUUAGCUACUUCCGACUUAGUGAUUCGAAUUUACACCGAGUGCACCAAGCCUGACUAGUCACGGUCAUAGCUGCGCCUAGUCUUAAGAUACGCGUCCACGUCAAUACACGCAAAACAGUAAUUGUUGCCAAGCAACACACGUCUACAUAAUUUAACACUCAAACUUCUCCAUUCAAAGCAGCCCGUUAGCGUAAAAUCUGAGCGCAAUCAGCACCUGCAAGGUUGGGGAGAGCACAGCGUUUCUGUCUAAUCCAGUGGUUCUCAAAGUGGGGGGCGCGCCCCCCCAGGGGGGCGCAGAGG